AUGUCUGGCUACCAUCAUGUUCCCAGCGCUACGGACGGCCGCCUCGGUUCAUCACCUGGGCUGGGCUGGGCUCCAGUAAUACUUGUGGUCAUCAAUUGCUGCUCCCAUCUUUCGGGACCGUCUCCCUCCCUCCCAUGCCUCCCAUGCCUCCCAUGCCUGCCUCCCCCCUCUCUGGCUGGUCUGGCCGGGGGGUCGGGACUGGAGCCCAUUGAACUGGUCCCGCCACGCAUCCCAGCUUCAGCCAUCCCUGGCCUUGUCGCUACCAGCGCCGUGAUGAAUUGCAUCCAUGGCGCACCGUGUCUCGGCAAGUGGGUGCUUCGACGGGCGCCCCUACUGUACAGUCCAGGCCAGGGCCUACGGGACGACGACGACGACGACGACACCACCAUGGAGCCUGAGCGUACCUCACCAAACAGCGCCUCCAACACCAACGAGGUGAUGCCGCCCCAGACACCAGCCAUGUCCGGCGCUUUGCCCAUUGUCGCUGCCGAUCCAGCCUCGGAUCUUGCCUCGAUGCCUAGACCCAGGGUCCGGGAGCGCCAACAAAGCCAAAACAGCCUUCUCAUGGAGCUGCUUUCUCGCCGCAUGAGCCGACAGACCCUCUUGCAGCAAAACCAAUCCCGCACCCAUCAGCCACCUCUCGUUCCACAAUCACAGCCGCUCCUGGUUGACAGCAUGGAUCUUGACCAUGACGAAACCCUUGGCACCGACUCUUCGCUGCCCGCGCUGCCGUGUACUCAGAAGAUGCGUCCGUCAAGACGAUACUCGGCUCUUCCUUAUAUUGCCCCCGUUGCACCCGAGACCAAGAUUGACCCGGACGUUGCCGCCAGAGUCCUUGCCAGGAUGCAAGCCAAUACGCAAACCGAGUCCAUUCCUUCUCCUCCGUCCACAGGCUCAUCUUCGGUCCAGGCCAUUGAAAUCGACCCUACCGAGCUGGCGGAAGACGACAUAGAGGCCGACGAGGGCUACGAUGAAGGACCUGAAGAAUUCCCCUGGUUGGGCGAGAAGCCCUCGAGCGGGCUUACGGGAGCCCUGAGAAACCAAGGCGUCCUCAGCUUCGCCACGUCUGCCGAGGCGGCCAUGCGCUGUCCAAAGCUUGUACGAAAUGUCCCUCGCAUGCGGAAGCGGACGCACAAGAAGAAGGAGCACAGACUCCGGACGUCGAGGGACACGACCCGUGAGCUGAGUCAAUCACGGGCGCCCGCAGCGGAUGCAUCUUGA